AUGGAGUAUCUGACAGACACGGCGGUCACCACCCGCUCGAUGGCCGGAGUACCGUCUGGGCGUGGAUGCGAUGCUUGUCGGAAGCAGAAGAAAAAGUGUGAUCAAGUACAGCCCGCAUGCGCACGAUGUAGCCGGCUGAAUAUACCAUGUAUCGGUGCGGGACAGCAGAGAUACAAGUUCAAAGAGCAGAAUGUGUUUCGAGACGGCGAGACGAAGAGGAUGGCCGCCAAAAAGAAGGCCGUCUCUAGACAGUUUCCGAAGUUUGCAGCAACCACCUUUGUCGAAGAGAUUCCUCGCAUCCCGAUUAAUAGCCUGACGAAACUGCUCAAUGGCUUUAUUGAGACGAUGAAACCUACGACCGAUCUGAGAUACAACCUGGCGUGGUCCUUUGGCGGUUUCCUGGUUGAUAUACCACAGCGUCUCGGGAUAAACGAAGCAUUGGAUUCGUCAGUGCAGGCGCUUGUCGACUCGCAUACAAGCUUCUGUGCCGGAAAAGGGGUCACGCCUGAGGCUUUGAUGAGCUAUUCUCGUGCCCUUAGGGUGCUCAGAUCUUAUCUGGAUGAUCCAGUCAGGGCGCGGGCGUCCGAAACCCUCUGCUCGGUGAUGGUGCUUUUGAUGUGCCAGCGUUUCAUCGGCGUCGCGGAAGGUGAUUUUACGGGCCACUGCGAGGGCGCGGCGCAGAUGUUAAAAGCAAGAAGAUAUUACGAUCCAAAUGACGAGUUUGAAAGCAAAUUGGUUCUUUCACUACGCGGGCCAGUGAUUUUCGAAGGCCUCCUCAACAAUAAGAUCCAAUUUACUGCCGAAGAGUGGAAGACCCUGGUGGAAAACCAUCUCGACGGAGCGGCCCCUGAGGGUAAAAUGAUGCGUUGCGUUGCUCAGGUACCUAGCCUCCUGCAGCGGGCAAGAAAGCUUCGCAGAGACGGAGUAGAAGAUCCAACCCUUUUAGCCGAUGCCAUGGCUAGCUACAAGGACGCAAAGGACGCUGCCGAAGAAUUACGUGCGAAAUAUAAAAAGGCGCAGCUGCCCACCGAGGGUGAAUUUUCAUUUAAAGACCCCAUCGUCAUGGCCCACUCGUUCUACCAGCGCUCAUUUGGGCUGAGUCUUACAGUUGCCAUGAUCUUAAACUGCGUGGUGGCUGGAAUUGACUGCGAAAACCCAGAGUUCAGCGCAGAGUCAACUCGCUAUGUUGACGAGAUCUUGGAAAUUGCUGGCUCUGCGACGAUUUAUAGGCCGCUAGGGGCUAGUUUUGUGCCUUUAUGUCUAAUGAUGGCUUGGGUAGGUACCGGGGAUGUUGCAACACGGAAAACUCUCGAAGCCGCGCUGAAGGAGUACGAGGCGGACUAUGCGCCAGGGCAGGCGGUGAUGCUGACGCCGAAGAUUGAGAAGGUGUCUCGUCAGUUACGCCUCCUAGACCUGGAUGUGUCUUAG